AUGGCCUACAAUCGCACCUUCAAUCCAGACUCACUACCUGCAUUCGCAGAACCCGAGAGGAGGAACUCGCCUUCCUAUAGCCAGCAGGCGCAACCUCAACAACCUCAUCCUACAAGCUACGCAGCACUUCAACAACAGCAGCAACAGCAGCAGCAACAACAACAACAGUACGCGAAGCCUGCCCCUCCCCUCCCAAAUCAGCACGGCGCUCCUGGACACUCACCAGGACACUCACCCGGCAUGCAACCUUCGAACUACGGCUACGGCCCUCCUCAGCAAACCCAUGGCUACGGAUCCCCUCCUGGCGGCUACGGCCAAAGACCAGCUCCUGUUCAGAACAGACCACCACCAGUCUCCAGACCUCCCCCAUCCCCCGCUCCUCCCAACGGUGCAGACCCUGCCCUGUGGCCCCUUUUCAAAGCAGUUGACAAAGACGGAACCGGCCAUCUAACAGAGAAAGAGCUGCGCGCAGCACUCGUGAAUGGCGACUGGUCCUCCUUCGACCCACAUACUGUGAAGAUGAUGAUUCGCAUGUUCGACAGCGAUCGCUCAGGUACAAUCGGCUUUGAGGAGUUCUGCGGGCUCUGGGGCUUCCUGGCUGCUUGGCGAUCACUCUUUGACAGAUUCGAUGCCGAUAGAAGUGGAAAUAUCAGCCUGGAUGAGUACACGAAUGCGCUGGUCGCGUUUGGAUAUAGACUUAGUCCGCAGUUCGUGGAGACGUUGUUCAGGACAUUCGACAAGAGGCGCGAUGGGGCGAUCAGCUUCGAUCUCUUCGUUCAGAGCUGCAUUAGCUUGAAGAGGAUGACUGACGUUUUCAAGAAAUAUGACGAGGACAGAGAUGGUUUCAUUCAACUGUCAUUUGAGGAGUUCCUGAGCGAGAUUCUUAAACAGAGAUAG